AUGUCAUCGAAAAACUAUAAAUUGAUUCAUUAGAAAAUUCCAAAUACUACACGUUAUAGGGAUGAUCAAUUACCAAUCAACAAUAAAUACUAUGUUCGAUUAACAUAAGAUUCCACCAGAGUUCUAGAUUUGAUUGAUAAGGAUAAAUAAAUUCCACAUUUAUCAAUGAUUGAUCGAUUUUGGGGACAAAAAACACAAAGAUUACCAGAACCUAUUCAUUAAGAAGAAAAGCAUGUGUAAUUACCAUAAGAAAUUAUUCCUAAAGAAGAGGAGAAGAAAGAAACACUGCCUUAAAUCGAAUAAAAAACUGAAACUCCAUUGAAGAAAACCAUAAGUCUAAAGCAGUUUAAGGAAAGCUUACUUUUUGAUGAGAGAACCAGUUCUAUACCUAAAACAACAAUUUAGAACCAUAUAAUUGAAGAUUUAAUAAGGGAUAGCGAUAUUUUUUUAAAGAAAUCUGAAAUGAUAGAGCAAGUGCAAAGUUUGAAGAGGUUAAAAGUGCUUAAGAAAUACGAAGCUAAUCAUUAAAAUCUUCCUGGAGUAGGCAAAUUACCGUACAUCAUCAAUGAUUACCAUUCCAAGAGCACAAAUCCAGGAUACUCCAGAAAUAAUAAAGGAAAUUUUUUUACAAGAUGA